AUGACAUUUGCGGAUCGACUGGCUAAGGAUGCCGCGCGCCUAGGCAAAACGCACCCCUUCCCACUACUUUCGAGGGAGAGCGCGUGCCUUCCUGGCAAUAUCCUCCAUCAGUGGGAACAGGAAAUGGAGGGGUGGUCACCUAUUGAAAGAUCGAAAGCAUCCUUCCAGAAACAUACAAAAGAGAAGGCUAUAUGGAAGCCUUCCCAGGAACUAAGUAGGGAAGUAGGGGACGUGUUCAGUAGCGUCUCGAGUUUGCUGGGAGGCUUGACCAAAGAUAAGAAAGGUAAACCAGACACCGUCUCAAGGGAGAAGACGGUCAAGGCCGCCUUAGACUUCGCUGAGGCAUCACAGUGGUUUUGGAGUCGCGCGCCAUGA